AUGGCACCCCUGAAGCUCAACAGCAAGAACCUGUCGCAGAUUUCUGCGGCAGGAACAACGAAGAUCGAGGUUCCUACCUACCAGCGUGGUGGCGCUGUCAAAGAAGGCAUCGUCCAUGUUGGUGUCGGUGGUUUCCACCGUGCUCAUCUGGCGGUCUAUGUCGACCAGUUGAUGCAGAAGCAUGGCGUGACCGAUUAUGCCAUCUGCGGUGUCGGCUUGCAACCUUUCGAUGCCGCCAUGCGCGACGCUCUGGGGUCGCAGGACCAUCUCUACACCGUCAUUGAGCGCUCGGCCAAGGGUAGCUUCGCCAACGUGGUCGGCAGCAUCAACUCCUACCUCUUUGCCCCCGAUGACCGGGAGGCCGUCAUUGCCAAGAUGGCUCACCCGGAUACCCACAUCGUGUCGCUCACCAUCACCGAGAGCGGAUACUACUACAACGAGAACACUCACGAGCUGCAAAGCGAGCACCCCGAUAUCCAGUACGAUCUCGACCCGGCCAACGAGAAGGCCCCCCGCACCACCUUCGGUUUCCUCUACGCCGCGCUCGCCCGACGCCAGCAGAAGGGUCUCAAGCCUUUCACCGUCAUGUCGUGCGAUAACAUGCAGAAGAACGGCUCCAUCACUCGCCACAUGCUCGAAUCCUUUGCCAGGCUCCGCAACCCCGAGAUGGCCAAGUGGAUCGCCGAACAGGGUGCCUUCCCCAACGCCAUGGUCGACCGCAUCACACCUCAGACUUCCGCCCCCGAUAAGAAGGCUUUGGCAGACAACUUUGGAAUUGAGGAUUCGUGGCCCAUCGUCACCGAGCCCUUCAUGCAGUGGGUUAUUGAAGACCAGUUCUCCGAUGGCCGCCCACCAUUUGAAAAGGUCGGUGUUCAAGUGGUCAAGAAUGUUCACGAUGUGGAGGAAUUCGAGAAGCACAAGUUGCGUCUGCUGAAUGGCAGCCACUCUGCUAUCGGUUACCCGGGCCAGAUGGCGGGCUUCAAAUACGUCCACGAGGUUAUGGAGCAUCCUGUUUUCAGCAAGUUUGUGUGGCAGAUGAUGCAAGAAGAGGUCAAGCCGCUUCUCCCCGAGAUUCCAGGCGUCGAUAUCGACGAGUACAGCAAGACUCUCAUCGAGCGCUUCUCCAACCCCACCAUUAUGGACCAGUUGCCUCGUAUCUGUCUCAAUGCUUCUGGCAAGAUCCCCCAGUUCAUUAUGCCAUCGAUUGCUGAGGCCAUCUGGGUCACUGGCCCAUUCCGCCGCCUCUGCUUCGUUGCAGCGGCUUGGUUCCGGUAUGUCAAUGGCGUCGACGACAAUGGCAAUGCUUUUGAGGUCGAUGACCCAAUGCGCGAGGAGCUCCAGGCCAAGGCACGUGCGGGAGGCACCAACCCUGCCGAGCUUCUCACCAUUAAGAGCCUGUUUGGUGAUGAUUUGCGCGGUGACGAGAGAUUUGUCAAAGAGAUCACCACUGCCAUGGAGGACAUUGCCCGGGAUGGAAUUUUGAAGACAUUGCCCAAGUAUGUUGACUGA